UUGUUGGCGGAUCAUAAUUGUCUACCAAAUUGUGUUGUGGCUUGUUAGUAAAGACAAUUAUUAUCUGCAGCAUGUCGCAGUAUAGUAGACGGCGUGUGGUCAGAAACUAUAUACAGAUGUAAUUGCAAUAGAACUAUAAAAUUGAUUUGAUAAUUUUUUUUCAACGGGUACAAAUGUACAGUUCAGUAUGUGGAUAAAUUAUGUUUUGCUCUCUUGUCGGAUUAAAAACAUUCCACAAAUUAUAAAUAUUAAAUGGAUUUUAGAAUGGCUUGUUGUUUUACAAGUUCUACCAUUUUGUAUUGGAACGUUAUGUCCUAGUAAUGUCCAAAGAGAGGCAUUCUCAUGUUUUGCUGGAUACAGUACACAAUUGUUAAAUAUGCAAAAAAGUACCGAAACAUUAUUUACUGGUGUAGAUGUAGAACUUCUAAGAGCCUUCUGCAGUUCAUAUAUUCAGUCAAUGACAUGUGUAGAUAAUUUGAAGAAAAAAUGUCCAUCUAAUCUGCAUGAAAAGAUAGAAGUUACAUUGUUCCAUUUUGAAGGGGCGAGAGAAGAACUCAGCGAAUUGUGUAAAGAUGAUGCUUUAUACGAAGUGUAUGCCAGACAUAUGACGUGUUUCCUGACAUCUGGAAGUUAUUCCGAACGAUGUUUUGAGGACACAAUGAACACGUCUGUUAGACUCAUGUCUCGAUUCGACGACAAAUCAUUACCUCAACUAUGUAGAGAUUUUAGGAAAACUUUAAACUGUAUACAAACAAAAAUAAAGAGGCGGUGUAACGAUGAAGCAGCUGCUUUGGUUCCCGUUCUUGUUAAACCAAUGGUUAGACGGAGCAACCUCUGUGAUCUUAAUCAUGAUUCGCACAUUGUAAUGACGUCUCCGACGACAGCACAGACGACAACCGAAGAUAAUGUGAUCACUGACAGUGUACAACACAGAAUAGAAGUCCGUCAUAAUUUAAACAAGGAUGAAAGCAAUACGAAUUCCGCUAGAGUUACAACCGUGUCAUUCGCGAUAAUUCUUGUGUUAAACUGCAUAAUCUAUUGGAUUUAUGGGAAUGGAUGAAAUUUGUAAACCUUUAUGUCGACAGCCAAAACAGCAAAAUGUUGUCUUAAGGUAAUCGUUGGAAUAUUUCUCUGUGAUAAACACAUUCCAGUUCUUGUUGGAUU